AUGAAUUACACUGCUCCCCUAUCAAAGUAUGUUGGUUUACCCUUGUCUGACUUGACUCCUUAUCGCAGGCUUAUAGGGAGGCUGCUUUACUUGACGAAUACUCGUCCUGAUAUUAGCUUCGCUGUCAACAAGCUCAGUCAAUAUCUGGACUGUUCCACGAACGUGCAUUGCAAGGCUGGGCUGCACAUCUUGAAGUAUAUCAAAGGUACUCCAACAAGAGGAAUUUUGUUCUCCACCACCUCUGACUUAUGCCUUACUGGCUAUUCUGAUUCUGAUUGGGGAACGUGCCCCGAUACAUGGCGUUCGGUCGCUGAUAUUCUCACCAAGAGCUUGGCACCAGGGCCGUUCGCAAAGAUUCAUUGCAAGCUUGGAAUGCAUGUCAUUCAUAUUCCAAGCUUGAGGGAGGCUGAUAGAAGGAAGUCGAGCUCAUAA